UAACGUAGUGAGGUAUUUCCUGCUAUCUCGUGAAUUUCCAACGUCUUCGUUUGACAGAUUGUCGGUGUGUGUAUGCGUUCGUUCCACGUGAAUUCUUUGUUUAGGCACCGGUCAUGUUUCUGACAAGCAUUGAAAUUGCGAGGUGGUAGCAGUACCCUAGUGCAUGGGUGGCCCUCCAUUGGGAAUGGCGGGGAAAGAUGGGAAGGCGGAGCCAAAAAGCGGGGACGUGGUGCGGCAGGGGUUCAUGGUGAAGCGUUCGCAGAACAAGAAACGCUUCACACCAGUCAACUACAAGCAACGUUGGUUCGUCUUGACGAGGCGCUACCUCGUCUACUACGACGGCGAUGGAGAGCGGCGCAAGGAGCGAGGUAGAAUCGCGGUCGAGAGCGUCCACGUGGUUGAAACGGCCAGCCUCGGGAGCAACGCCGGCGGCGUCGGCGGUGUCGGCAGCGACGUGGCAGGCAGCGAGGCAGGAACAGGCGGCGGCGGGGGUGGAAUACCACCUGGGCUACCCUUCCAGGUGGGCUAUCGGGAAGCCGGCCAAGAGUACACGCUGUACCUUCUCGCAGCCCGCGAGCAGGACCGCGCCGAGUGGAUCCGUGCCAUCCGUGCUGUGUGCAGCGAGAAUCCUGGCCUAAGCGGUCGUUACCACGCCGGACUGUGGAGUGGAAAGCGUUGGUCCUGCUGCCGCUUGUCCACACGUUCCGCGGAGGGCUGCGACACUUGCAGCUCCUGGUCCUCUAAGCCGUUAAACGCAACGAACCCGUCCUCCACGUCCACAUUGAGCUUCACCUCGGCCACCGGAAGCACCAUCGCCACCACUGCCGCCAUAACCGAUCGACCACAGACGACCAACUCAGAGGCGAACAACAAUCCCAUCGUUCACUCGCAGGCCCGUUCAACUAUCGGUGAGUGAAUCCAUUGCUCGUGAAGGUAGCGUCGAUCCAUUAAGGUUUAAGUAAGUUCUAUCCUCGCCUUACUAAAGUCGAUCACUUUUGCAAUCUGCCGUUAUCACGGCUAACGGGACAAGUACAGUUAACCGAUAAUCUCGAAGACUGGCUGGAACCUUGGCAAAGAAACCGGUCUCUCGCGCGAAUGUCCCUCGCUCCGCCCCGAUCAAGACAUUAUCGAUAAAGACAUUGCCUCGAUCGGUUGUCCUCGCUCGUGCGUUCUUGUUAAGCUCCGAGAAACACGUCCAUUCGCCACACAAUGUAUUGAACCUGAGGAUCGUUUCGUGUCCAAGGCUUAAGACGCUCGAGGAUCAACAACGUCCUAUUGCUUCUGUACAAGGUGUUCCGUAUUGCAAGGAGACUGGAAGCUCUGAAGCGGUUGGAACAAACUUUGAAGCUGUUGUAGAUCAGGUCCUUUUUCACUAUUUUGCGGCCCAUAAAAUGGGCAUUUCUCUAAAGAACAAAGAGGAUACUUUUUUAAAGAGCUUAAGUUAAGCAUUUGCUUAUUUAGCAAUCCUCUGGUAUCUACUUU